GUAGAACUGGUUGUUGAAUUUUUGACAGUUAAGUGCAAGGAAUCCUAUUUCCCGUGUUAACUGUAAGGGGUUUGUUUUUAACUUGUCUGAUAGAAACCUUAAUAGAGUUAGAAGUUAUUUCUGCAGAGUGUGCUUUGUGGAUAAAGGUAUUAGGAGUUACUCAGUAACUUUAAGCAUGAAACCAUUCUACUUCAGGUAAAUUCGUAAGGAUUGGCUGACCUGUGCUGUCUACUCUGACUUGCUUAGUCUCAGAAGAAAGAAGACGAGACAGUUGCUCAAUGGAAAACGUGUUGCAAACUGCCUCCAGUGCUGUGGAAACAUGGAGAGAAGGUAGCCGCCUGUUGAGAGCUUCAAGGAGCUGUUGGACAAAGUGAUGGAAAUGAAGAGUUUAAACCAUCGCUUCAACAUGGCAGCAGCUGAGUCUGACAAGGACUCUGGAUACUCAGAUGGAAGUUCAGAGUGCCUGGGUGCUAUGGAGCAGAUGGAUUCAGAGGACGUGCUGAACACGCUAUGUUGGAACACAGAGGAUGGGCCCUGGCCGUGCCCGAUGACUACAAGCAGUUCCUUUCCUGCGCUUUCUCCUAUGGUUGUAAUGAAGAAUGUGUUAGUUAAACAGGGGAGUUCAUCACAGCUCCAGUCUUGGACUGUCCAGCCAUCCUUUGAAGUGAUUCCAGCUCAGCCACAGCUAGUGUUUCUUCACCCACCGAUCCCAUCUCCCAUUAACUCUCACUCUGUUGGGAAGAAGAAAAGUGACUCGGCUAAUUACCUACCUAUUCUUAAGUCGUAUCCCAAAAUAGCACCUCAGCCCUGCAAGAGAGAUCACUCCUCGGAUCUAGAGGAUGGUGAGGAAAGCAGUUGCCAUAAGCGCCUCUGCACAGAAGCAACCAAGAUGGAGACUUCUCCCUUAUCCAGGAGCAUGGGUUUUCCCACUAGUCCUUUUACCCCCCUACCAGUAAGCUUUAAGUCUGCUCAGGAUUCUAACCAGCAGAGUUCUUCAACUCUGACAAAUGGAAAAGUGUCAGCUCUUCCCAGUUUUCAUCAUAUUUCCACUGACACACAGAAAGUCCCAGGCUUGGCUCCCAUUUUGCCUUUUGGAACCCUGCAAGCAACAAAGUACACCCCUCCUGAGACUACAGCACAGCACGUGAUGCAGUCUGCAGUGUGGAGCCCACCACUGGUACCAGAGGAGAUUUGCACUACCCCUGAGCUGCUCUUACAACAGCAAAGCAAGUGCAGACGCUUUCAGAAUACACUAGUUGUGCUACGUAGGUCAGGAUUGCUGGAGAUUACCUUAAAAACAAAGGAGCUUAUUCAUCAGAACCAGGUGACUCAAGCUGAGCUGGAUCGGCUAAAGCACCAAACACAACUUUUCAUAGAGGCAAUAAAGAACAAUGCUCCACAGUCUUGGGCAGAGCUAGAAGCAUCUCUGACAGGAUCAGAAAAGGCUGAUAGCAACAUUGAGGAUUCCACUUAUUCCAAUAUGUAGUAAAACGGUAUAUAGCUGUUGUUCAAGUUACUCUUGUGCCUCAGAUUUCCUGUCUCAAGCUUUUCCUUGAGCAUUUUCUGAAUCUGAGACUUAGAAACUAGCUUGCGAUGUGGCAUGGCAUCAACAGCUUGUCUUCAGAGUCAGCGAUGGGACUGCAAUAGCAGGUGGAAUGGGUGCUCCUGCUUCAGUGUCACCUUGAACUCCACGUUAGCUCUAUGUGCUUCCUUGGACUUGGGAAGCUUAGAUGUGCUCUUGCUACCAUGUUCCUGUUAUGUUGUGAGAAGAUAAUCAUUUGCAAUAUUCUUCAAGCAAGCAUCUUUCCAUUCCUGUCUGCAGAUAACCAGUUUGAGAAUGGGACAGGAGGACAGGAGAACAGGCCCCAAUGCUGGGCCAUCCUCAGUUACAAGCAGGUGCAGGGAAGGGAGUUGCAGAGUGAGGAAGGAAAAAGGAUAGUGGGUGGUACCUUCAGACUGCUUUACUGUGCUUUGUUGUAGCAGAGAGCCCUUCUUUUGGGUUUAUUACUCUUUUGAAUUAAUGAAUCUCUGCUUGUGUUGAAGUGGCGUUCUGUAUUCAUUGCAGACUUUGACCAAAGCGAUGAGACUCUUAGGACCCAUCUGAAAUGUCCUGUUUCUGCGAGUCUAUUUUUGCUUUUAAAUUUAUAAAACUGGG